AUGAACAAAAAUUAUGAACGAUGUACCCAUUGUAACAGGCGCAAGUGGUUGGCUACUGGUUGUCUACGAAAAUGGUUAAAACCUAUGGAAUGUAAACACUUACAACGAAGUAUUGAUAGCAAACGAGAUUUUAGUAAUACAGACAUUGUGAACUGUGUAUUUUUACCUGAUCGAAAACCGCCCAGUAAUACCAACAAAUUUAUCAAGUUUUGGAAAAAUAAAUUGUUUAUCACUGGUAGUGUUCGUUCAUUACAAAGAUACUUUGGUAAUAAAAAUCGUGAUGGAGAGUUUAUGUGUAAUUUUAACAAAGCAGCGGAUCCAUGCACAUCAAGACAAAUUAUAACAGUUACGAAUGAAGUGAAAAAAGAUAUUUUAGCAGACCAUAUUACUAUGGAAUGUAAGCAUUCAGAUGGCCACUCAGUUCUUAGAGGGCACCAUCAACAUGUAUCAGUAGAAAGCUGUGCUAUAUAUUGUCAACUCUCAAAACAUGGCUGGUAUUGGGGAGGAAUAACAUCCAGUGAGGCUGAGGAGCUUCUUGCAGGCCAACAUGAUAAUGUGUUCUUGGUUCGAGAUUCUUAUGACUCAAGACACAUUCUCUGUGUGUCAUUUCGUUGUGUUGGCCGAACUCUACAUGCUCGACUUAGGCAUGCCAAUGGUCUUUUUUCUUUAAACAAUGAAACUUUUGUGCCAGCAAAUAGAAUAUCGGAACAUUGUGCCACUGUAGAUGUAAAGUCCAAUUUGUUUGAAAUGCCAGUGAAAUUAGCAAGACCUUUAAACAGGUUUGCAAAGUUAGACUCUCUACAAAAGAUCUGCAGAUUUGUGAUAAGGCAAACAGUUGCGGAUAAUUUAUGGGAUAAACUGCCACUUCCUCCAAAUUUAAUAUAUUAUGUAUCUUGUGGUAGUGAUUAUAUUGCACCUGUAUAA